GAAAUAUUUACACAGACAGUGGGAAAAGACAUUGUGGUUCUUUUCAACGUGGUCCAUCACUGUUCACCGGCUGUACUCCCGAACAGAUCCCCAAGACAAUUAACUCAAGAUGGCAAACCCCAUGAUGCACGAGAAUAUUUGGUUUGACAAAUCCAAGGUGGAGAGUGCCGAACGGACUUACCAGGAGCAUCGUGCUAAGCAGGUUGAUGGACUCGUAGUACAGGCCUCCCAAGGCGGCCAGUCCGACCUAGCUGGCCAGAUCGCACGUGCACGACAGACAAUCACAAAUACACUGAACACUGGUGUCGGCCUAGGAAUUGGAAUGACAGUGGACAGUCCUGAACUAGCUGCAAGGUUGGGGGCUGUAGAGAAGGAGAAUGCUGAACUUCGCCAAGUAACGGCCGAUCUUCAAGCCGCCGUCAGCAAGCUGACAGCAAGGGUCAACGCCCUGGAGGGUGGGUCCUCUGGAGCACCCAAAUCCACCGCAUCUGCACCUCCUGCAGCCUCAAAGCAAGAGGAAGAAGAAGAAGACUCAGAUUCUGAUGUUGAUCUCUUCGGUGAUGACGAUGAUGAGGAAGACGACUCCCUUGCAAAGAUGCAAGCUGAGAAAAAAGCAGCACAGGAUGCUCAAAAGAAAACUAAAAAAGUUGUCAUUGCAAAGUCCAAUAUCAUUCUGGAUGUCAAACCGUGGGAUGAUGAGACAGAUAUGGCUGAAAUUGAGAAAGCUGUCCGCACUGUUCAAUGCGAUGGCCUGAAGUGGGGAGCAUCUAAAUUAGUACCAGUUGGAUACGGAAUUAAGAAGCUCCAGAUCACCUGCGUUGUAGAAGACGACAAAGUCGGCACAGACCUCCUAGAGGAGGAGAUCACCAAAUUUGAAGACCUUGUUCAAAGUGUUGACAUCGCCGCCUUCAACAAAGUCUAGACAAUGAAAACCCAGCUAUGCAAAAUAUGGUCACCAGAAACACAGAUUUAGAAAUGUUCCCCUUGAAAGAAUUUACAAAACUAUUCUGAAGUGCCUAGUUUCCAUUUUAAACAGUUUCGUCCGAUGUCCCAAGUCAUUUGUUGCUAAAACGCACCCUGGGGACUUGACCCAAGUCUGCACCUGUAAGUGUAAGUGACGGUAGUAGGAAAGGUCAAACCUUUACACAAGAAGGAACAAGUGUAGUGUCCACUGUUGUCGUACCUCACAGUAUAAGGUAGUACCUCAAAACAUGAGGUAAUACCUCACAAUAAUCAUGGUAUUACCUCACACAUUAAGGUAGUACCUCGUAAAAUAUGGUAGUACCUCAAAACAUAUGGUAGUACCUCACAAUGUAAGAUAGAACCUCACAUUAUAUGACUUGAUAUUUCAGAGUACACACUGUUGAACCAUUAACUUCAGAGCGGGGGCCAAUUUCAUAAAGCCUUGGGUGCAUUUUGUUUGCGGUCCUUACCAAAAUCUGCUUCGAUUGAAUUGGCCAUUUGUUAAUCAAUGUAGGCCUAUUGGUUUGUGAAAGUUUCAUUGAAAUCGGUUUGUUCCAUUCUUUAAAGGUAUGUUUCAUUUAAUAAGCCGUACUUUUUCAGUACUACAAAGAAACAACAAUACCUUUUUUGAACAGCAGUCUAGCAACAUUGGUUAUUAUCAAAUCAAGGUUCAUCAUCCUCUGCAAGUUGAUCUUGCUGUUGGAGUGGGACUUGAGUAUUCAGUUGUAUUUAACUAAUGUCAUAACUGAACAUUAUCAACAUGACCGACUUAUUACUGCAGAGAGCACAACCCACGCUGGGGUGGUUGAUUUGUAAUUUAAAUAAAAGAAUGAAUUAAUAAUUAAAUAUACAAUGCCA